GUAGUUUUUUGCCUGUGAGUCACCACGAAGCGGAAGCUCUAAAAAAAAAAACUACAAGGCGUCUGUCAAGUUGGUGUCCGUCCCCUAUUAGCUUCCCGCGCGUACAGUGAACUGUCUGCAGACACAGACAACAACCACUAAAGAUUCAUAUUCCAGGACAAACUGCCAUUUUUCGGUUCCACCGAUUCCUCCUGUGUCUGAAAUGCCUCGCAUUGAGAAUGACAUCAAGCUGGACUUCAAGGAUGUGCUCCUCCGUCCAAAGCGAAGCACGCUCAAGUCCCGGAGUGAGGUGGACUUGAUGAGGAACUUCUCCUUCAGGAACUCAAAGGGCAGCUACAGGGGGAUCCCCAUCGUCGCUGCCAACAUGGACACUGUGGGGACCUUUGAGAUGGCCCUGGCCCUGCACCAGUUCACUCUCUUCACCACCAUUCACAAACACUACUCUGUGGACGAGUGGUUGGCGUUUGCAGCGAAGAAUCCCGAUUGCCUGGAGAGUCUCGCAGUCAGCACGGGGACAGGCGACGGGGACUUUGAGAAGAUGUCAGCCAUCUUGGCGGCGGUGCCAAAGCUGCGGUACAUCUGCGUUGACGUGGCAAACGGCUACUCUGAACACUUUGUCCACUUCGUCAAGGACGUCCGGCAGAAGUUCCCCUCGCACACCAUCAUCGCAGGAAAUGUGGUGACUGGAGAGAUGGUGGAAGAGCUGAUCCUGGCCGGCGCUGACAUCAUCAAAGUAGGCAUCGGACCAGGCUCCGUGUGCACCACCCGCAAGAAGACAGGGGUGGGCUACCCCCAGCUCAGCGCUGUGAUCGAGUGUGCCGACGCAGCCCAUGGACUGGGCGGCCACAUCAUCUCUGAUGGGGGCUGCACUUGCCCAGGAGAUGUCUCAAAGGCUUUUGGUGCCGGAGCGGACUUCGUGAUGCUGGGUGGAAUGCUGGCGGGCCACUCGGAGAGCGGCGGCGAGAUCAUUGAGAAAAACAGCAAGAAAUACAAGCUGUUCUACGGAAUGAGCUCCGACACAGCCAUGAAGAGGCAUGCAGGCGGCGUGGCCGAGUACAGAGCGUCAGAGGGCAAGACGGUGGAAGUUCCUUACAAGGGUCCGGUGGACGUGACCAUACGAGACAUCCUGGGCGGGGUCCGCUCCACCUGCACCUACGUCGGGGCAGGCAAGCUGAAGGAGCUGAGCCGCAGGACCACCUUCAUCAGGGUCACCCAGCAGCUCAACACCGUCUUCGGCAACGACAGCUGAAUGUCCGGGGGGUUCUGUCGAGGGUCCUGCGUCACUGCCUGUCCGACACCUGGAUGCUGUUUGUGUGUUAACAGACACAUAUUAAUACUUAAAUAUUUACAUACAAUUUCUGCAAGUUUGAAUGAUGUAAGCAAGAGCAGUAGCCCUUCAGCCAGCUCUUUGGCUUUCUGCUGUCUCAUCAUUCCAAUGCAAGGUCCUCAGAAGUCGUUCUCACGUAUAUGCAAAUCUGUAUCCGCAACCUUUGAACCUUUGUCGCCCACAUGUAAAGUUAUAGCAAGUGUCAUAAAUUAUACAGAAUUCCUAGAUAUUGACCUGACGGGUUGUGGCUAAGUGGGGAAACUGUACUGUUUUAAACACGCUAUCAUUCCAUCGCUCAUUUUGUUUUGCACUUUAAUAAUUAGAGAGCUGAUUUGUUUUCCCUUAUCGUCUCAUGGAAAUGUGUUGUUAGACGUGUGUUGCUUACAGUACCUGUUACUGUACAUGCAGGUUGUAUGAUUUAAUUUCUCUUUUUUAAAUAAUAGGUGAAUUAGAUUUGACAGAAUUUAUAUAUGAACUGGUGUAAGCUGACUGGGGGCUGUUCAGUAAAUAGUAAAAGUGCUGGAUUCACGGCGGAGAUGUUAUUCAUUCUCAUAUACAAAAAAAAAAUCUCUGGUUCUAGUGCAAGUUCACGUGGGCCAAUUUUAGCGAUACACGCAUUUAGAUUGGGUUAGUUCAUAUAGCUUUUAAAAUGAGACGUCAUUCCUCUGAAUUAGCCUUGAAGGUUUUUAACUGUCGGUAUCAUGUACGGUUUCUCCUCACAGUGUCUGCAGUGACUCCAUUUCAAGCUGUUCUCACACAAUCUGUCUUCAUUUUAAUGUUAUUUUUUACAUUGGUGUGAAAGGGCAGUUUUUAAUCUACCUUUUUCCCCCUUCACCAUUUAUCCAGUCUAUAAAAACAUUCCACAGCGUAGAAUUUCA